AUGGCAGAAUAUCAGCAGGACUAUUCCGGAGCAUCGAGUCCGAACCAAUAUGGACAUGCCUCCAGUUUUGAGAGGGAUGCCGCAUUUUCUAAUAUAUUUGGUGCCGCACCUCCUCCGGGCCGUUCUCAAACUAUGAGCUCAUCCACGCCUUCACCAGGGGCUCAUGGACGUUCGCAGACACCAAAUCCGCAGUCUUUGAAUACAAAUUACGGCAUGCGAAGGCCACAGCUUGAUCAGCAACAACAGCAAGACGGAAUAAUAUACUCGCAGCCUGGAACGGGGCCAAGCUCGAGGGGCUUACCUUACCAGCAGGUACCUCCGAAUCAGGUCCAGUCGCAACCCCAACCGCAAUACUUACCGCCACAUCAUCGUCAAGAUCGAAGACCAUAUCCUGUUCCUAACCGUAUCGAUCCUAGGUGUCCUCCAGCUCCAGCUCAUUAUGUUCAAAACCCUCCAGCUCCACGAUACUACAUAGGGAAUAACUCUACGUUAGAUUCGGAUCCAUACCGAUCGCAAUCCAUGACUACUGCUCAAAGGCCGCAAAUGUUUAACCUACCACACAAUGCACUCAUGCAAGCUCCAGCGAAUGCAUUAAGACAAGCUCAAUACCAAGCACAGUCAUCAAGAACAACUGCACAAGGACGAGUUGUACCAGAAAGAUAUGAUGAGCGAUCACUUUCAAUGACAAGUAGCUUACAAGACCGUGAUCCGCAUCAGACAAUGAGUGGAAGGAUAAUUCCCAUCAGAAGAACAUCGCAGUCAGGCCUCCAGGACUUUAUUAUUGAUGGAAAUCCUACAAGUAGUCCAGGGAGUCCGCAAAUAAUAACUCAUACAGCCAGUAUAAACUCCAGAAAUGUUUCAGAUAUGAAUAGAACAAUGUCCAUAGCCUCUACAGUGACCACAACUGAGCAAAUUGACACUGGACAACACCGAAUUACAAAAUCUUUCAGCAGUGGCACCGGUACAGGUCCCACAGAGAAACGUCAAAAAUCACCACUUGUCUAUCCUGCAUUACUUUCCCGAGUUGGGGAAUGCUUCAGAGAUAGAGUCUGUGUAGGGGACAGAACUAAAAACGACCUCACAUACAAAAAUGCUUUUAGUGGGGCUGAGGCUGUGGAUAUAAUUUCAUACAUAAUAAAGACAACAGAUAGGAAUCUAGCCCUCCUUCUCGGAAGGGCGUUAGACGCCCAGAAAUUUUUUCACGAUGUCACAUAUGAUCACCGUCUCCGUGACUCUUCAACAGAGAUGUAUCAGUUCAGAGAGACUAUGAUGGAUGAGCCGCAUGAGGCUCCAGAUGUCAACGGCGUUUUUGUUUUACUGACUGAAUGUUAUUCCCCAACUUGUACCAGAGAUCAACUUUGCUAUUCAAUCGCUUGUCCACGAAGGCUAGAGCAACAGUCAAGAUUAAAUCUUAAACCUCAACCUGGACUACGAAGAGAGAAGUCACAAGCUAGCCUGCAUGAUCAGGAUGAGCCUGAUGAACAAAAGCUAUGGAUCAAUACCGUCUCUCAAGAGAUAGCAGAUAGUGUUGAUGAACGUGAGAAAAAACGCCAAGAGGUUAUCUCCGAAAUAAUGUAUACUGAAAGAGAUUUUGUCAAAGAUUUAGAGUAUCUUCGGGAUUUUUGGAUAAUUCCCUUGCGUUCAAACAAUCCUGCUUCACCCUCUCCUAUCCCUGAGUCAAGAAAAGAGAGAACUAUCAGGACAAUAUUCUCUAAUAUUAUAGACCAGCCUAGUAUUCAUAGCGUUAGCUCUCGCUUUGCUGAGUCGCUUACAGAGCGACAAAGAAAACAACCAGUUGUUCAAUGUGUUGGCGAUAUAUUUCUCGAAUUUGUGCCACAGUUCGAACCAUUUAUCAUAUACGGAUCCAAUCAACUGGCUGGAAAAUUUGAAUUUGAAAAUGAGAGGUCGUUGAAUCCUAAUUUCUCUAAAUUUGUCGAUGAAACUGAACGACGGAAAGAAUCGAGAAAGUUGGAGCUUAAUGGAUAUUUGACUAAGCCAACAACCAGACUGGCUCGCUACCCGCUCCUACUCGAUAAUGUUUUAAAAUAUACAGAUAAAGAAUCUAGUAAUCAAGACUUGGAAGAUAUUCCUUUAGCUAUGAAAAUGAUUCGCGACCUACUCACCAGAGUUAAUGCCGAAUCGGGGAAAGCAGAAAACCGAUUCAACCUCAAGAGACUACAUGAGCAGCUAAGAUUUAGACCCAAUGAACGUGUUGAUCUCAAACUUACGGAUCCUGGUCGAGAGCUGAUAUACAAAGGAACUCUCAAAAAAACACCUACUGAUCCUUCAGAUAUACAGGCCUACUUGUUUGAUCAUGCUAUGCUCCUAGUUCGUGUUAAGACUGUCGGAAAAAAGGAAGAAGUAAAGGUCUAUCGUAGGCCUAUACCUCUUGAACUGCUCUCAAUACGUGAAAUGGAUGAAAUAAUUCCCAAGCUUGGUGUCUCAAAGCGACCAUCAUCUAGCUUGAUACCAGGAUCUAAAUCAACAAGCAGCGAUACUUCAAAAAAAGAGGGUUUUCCAAUCACAUGUAGACACCUUGGAAAAGGUGGGUAUGAGCUAACACUGUAUGCAAGUACUGCAGGCUCUAGGAGCAAAUGGAUGGAAUACAUAGGUGAACAACAAACAAUUCUUCGGAAACGUGGAGACUUUUACAAUCGUUCUAUAUUGUCUAAUGAAUUUUUUUCUGCCUCAAAUAGAGUUAACUGUGUUGCACCUUAUGAUGGUGGGCGAAAACUAAUUUUUGGCACCGACUGUGGGAUAUAUGUAUCGGACCGUAGGGCUAAAGACGGUAACGCAAGCCCUGUACGAGUCCUUGAGGCUGCUAGCGUGACACAAAUCGAUGUUUUAGAAGAGUAUCAGCUACUUUUAGUUCUUUCUCAAAAGUCAUUGUUAUCAUAUCCGCUGUCAGCUCUAAACCCAAACGAGCCCGCAUUAUCAAAGCGACCGAAAAAGAUACAAAACCAUUGCAAUUUUUUUCGAACUGGUAUAUGUCUGGGACGUCAUUUAGUGUGCUGUGUUAAGUCUUCAGCUCUUUCAACAACCAUCAAAGUAUUUGAACCAAACGAUGCUAUGUCAAAGGGAAAAAAGCAGAAAGGUUUCAAGAUGUUCAAUAGUGGCCAGGAUGAACUUAAGGCAUUCAAGGAAUUUUACAUUCCAACAGAAUCCUCUUCAAUACAUUUUCUCAAAUCAAAGCUUUGUGUUGCAUGUGCAAGAGGAUUUGAGGUAGUCUCGUUAGAGACUCUUGAAACACAAUCACUUCUCGAUCAAGCAGACACAUCAUUAGAUUUUGUGGCUCGAAAAGAAAAUGUCCGACCCAUACACAUUGAACGCCUAAAUGGCGAAUUUUUAUUAAACUAUUCUGAAUUUUCCUUUUUUGUCAACCGUAAUGGAUGGCGAGCAAGGCCAGAUUGGAAAAUUGAUUGGGAGGGUCUACCGCAAAGUUUCGCGCUAUCUUAUCCUUGGAUAUUGGCAUUCGAACCAAAUUUCAUUGAGAUUAGAAACAUUGACACUAAUGCAGUACACAUUGUCCCACAUCGAAAUAUUCGCAUGUUACAUACUAGCACACGCGAAAUCAUAUACGCCUACGAAGAUGAGCGUGGUGAAGAUAUUGUAGCAGCGAUUGAUUUCUGGCCUCCGGGGCGUAAGCCUGAGACCCAAGUUGCACCUUUGGGACAAGAUAGCCGAGAAACUUACCAAACAACUCCUUUUCAACGUUAG